GGACAAAAACCAAAAGCUAGCGUGAAUGCAGAUACAUCGAUCCGGACCAAUGCAACGAGCUAUGGAGAUUUGUCAAGUCAACCGCGUGCAGCAACUAUAGCCCAACACUACAGUGGCCGCUAUAUAACGAGCCCAACGCGACGCACAGAGGUGUGUGGGCGAAACACAAGAAACAACCGGAGAAACCGAGCCCGGCCGACCGCAAGGACAGCAAGCUAGUAGCCAUCCUCGCAUGGAUCCCAACGAUGCCUUCUCGGCCGCGCACCCGUUCCGGUGGGACCUCGGCCCGCCGGCGCCGGCGCCCGUGCCACCACCGCCGCCACCACCGCCGCCGCCGCCGCCGGCUAACGUGCCCAGGGAGCUGGAGGAGCUGGUGGCAGGGUACGGCGUGCGGAUGUCGACGGUGGCGCGGAUCUCGGAGCUCGGGUUCACGGCGAGCACGCUCCUGGCCAUGACGGAGCGCGAGCUCGACGACAUGAUGGCCGCGCUCGCCGGGCUGUUCCGCUGGGACCUGCUCCUCGGCGAGCGGUUCGGCCUCCGCGCCGCGCUGCGAGCCGAGCGCGGCCGCCUGAUGUCGCUCGGCGGCCGCCACCAUGGGCACCAGUCCGGGAGCACCGUGGACGGCGCCUCCCAGGAAGUGUUGUCCGACGAGCAUGACAUGGCGGGGAGCGGCGGCAUGGGCGACGACGACAACGGCAGGAGGAUGGUGACCGGCAAGAAGCAGGCGAAGAAGGGAUCCGCGGCGAGGAAGGGCAAGAAGGCGAGGAGGAAGAAGGUGGACGACCUAAGGCUGGACAUGCAGGAGGACGAGAUGGACUGCUGCGACGAGGACGGCGGCGGCGGGUCGGAGUCGACGGAGUCGUCGGCCGGCGGCGGCGGCGGGGAGCGGCAGAGGGAGCAUCCUUUCGUGGUGACGGAGCCCGGCGAGGUGGCGAGGGCCAAGAAGAACGGGCUGGACUACCUGUUCCAUCUGUACGAGCAGUGCCGCCUCUUCCUGCUGCAGGUGCAAUCCAUGGCUAAGCUGCAUGGACACAAGUCCCCAACCAAGGUGACGAACCAGGUGUUCCGGUACGCGAAGAAGGUCGGGGCGAGCUACAUCAACAAGCCCAAGAUGCGGCACUACGUGCACUGCUACGCGCUGCACUGCCUGGACGAGGAGGCGUCGGACGCGCUGCGGCGCGCCUACAAGGCCCGCGGCGAGAACGUGGGGGCGUGGAGGCAGGCCUGCUACGCGCCGCUCGUCGACAUCUCCGCGCGCCACGGAUUCGACAUCGACGCCGUCUUCGCCGCGCACCCGCGCCUCGCCAUCUGGUACGUGCCCACCAGACUCCGCCAGCUCUGCCACCAGGCGCGGAGCAGCCACGCCGCCGCCGCCGCCGCGCUCCCGCCGCCCUUGUUCUAAGCUCGCCGGAGACUCUGCUGCUGUUCCCGCGCCGCCACGGCGCGUGGGAGUUUCCUGUGGUGUUGGGCCGUGUUUUCGUUGUAAGGCAGUUAGGUCGUUCUAAGCUAUUCGAUGGGCCGAUCGAGGAUGCGUCGUCGUGUAGGAACUCGUCGUGUACCCAUGUUUGCGAUCUGGAUGGCCCAUUUGUUUAGCUGUUACCAUGUUAAAUUCGUUUCCUUUAUUUAUGAAAUGCUAAAUCCUAAAUGUCGUGAA